UCCGUAUGAGAACGUGAAUAACACAGGAACCUAACACGGGGUGGAGUGAAGUUGAGUGUAGCACCCGCGUCUGUGAUUGGUCCACACCGCGCCACGUGCACAUUUCUUUACUACAGACACAGAGUCAAAGUGUUCGAGCACGUUAGCUCUAAGCUGACAACAGCUGUGUCCCUGUCUCUCUGUGUUUGUGUGCUGCAGAGAGAGUCGCUCAGGUCUUCACUCCAUCCACAAUGGCUUUGAAGUCGUUUGACAUUGACGCACCAAGAUGGGAUCAGACGACUUUUAUGGGUCGACUGAAACACUUCUUCAACAUCACCGACUGGCGAACAGCACUUUUACCCGACUCACGAUUGGACGAGGCCAAAGCUUUGGUUGAGAGCUGUAGGGCAGGCUCCAUCCCACCUGGCACCACAGAAGAGCAACUGCACUAUGCUAAGAAGCUGUACGACUCGGCCUUUCACCCAGACACAGGAGACCGCAUGAACCUCAUUGGCCGCAUGUCCUUCCAGGUGCCUGGGGGUAUGGCCAUCACUGGUGCUAUGCUGCAGUUCUACAGGACGGUUCCUGCCGUGGUCUUCUGGCAGUGGGUGAAUCAGUCCUUCAACGCUCUGGUCAACUACACAAACCGUAACGCUGCCUCCCCGAUCACUCCCAAGCAGAUUGGAAUCGCUUACUUCACAGCUACUAGCACAGCGUUGGCCACAGCAGUGGGACUCAACCUUUACACAAAGAAAGCUCCGCCUCUUGUAGCUCGCUGGGUUCCGUUCGCUGCGGUGGCAGCAGCCAACUGUGUUAAUAUUCCUAUGAUGAGACAACAGGAAAUAUUGAAUGGAAUUGCAGUCACUGAUGAGAACGGGAACAAACUGGGUCACUCUACGAAAGCAGCAGUAAAAGGCAUCACACAGGUGGUGAUUUCUCGAAUCACAAUGGCAGCGCCAGGAAUGAUUAUUCUGCCCAUCAUCAUGCAGAGGCUGGAGAAGUACCACUUCAUGCAGAGAAUCACCUAUCUGCACGGGCCCAUUCAAGUGAUGCUGGUGGGCGGGUUUUUAAUCUUCAUGGUCCCUGCUGCCUGCUCCAUGUUUCCUCAGAGAUGCUCCAUGGCUGUGUCAAAGUUGGAGCCAGAGUUGAGAGACUCCAUCAAGUCACGUUAUGGAGACAGUGUUCAACAGGUCUACUUCAACAAAGGCCUCUGAGUGCUACAGCUGCUGGUGCAUCAUAUGACAAACCUUACAAAUGCUGUAUGUUUAUGACGUCCAAUGUCACUAAUUGUUGUUCAAUGUCACAUUGGUGUUUCAAUUCCACAUCAGUUCGGUGCUUACAUUUGGGAGGAUUUGGUCAACGUGGUUUCUGUGUUUCUGAUCCUGUCGUUUAUAUCCAAAAUCACUUUAUUAUUGUCUUAAAACCAAAUAUCCUCUUCUCAGGACUGCAUUUUGUCAUGUCACACUCUGACCUAUCUAUCUACAGUAUUUAUCUAGCUAUAUACUGUAUAUAUAUAUAUAUAUAUAUAUAUAUACAGUAUAUAUAGUUUUAUAUAUAUAUACACAGUAUAUAUAUAUAGUUGAAGUCAUGGUGUGAUUGACCUGUAGCUCUUUGUUUUAGUUUCUGACUUGAGGGAAAAACUUUCUUACAGUCGGUGCCUUUCACACAGUGACGCUGCUCAAACGUUUUUAAAAGUACUGGUUUAACACGGGAACCACAAACUUAGUUCUAUGCAUAUGUAACGUCUGAAGAUGAUCAUGAUUGAAGGUAGAGCAUACUGCCCUCUGCUGACAGUGCACGGACAGUCCACUGUGAAAAAAAACUGAAUUCAUUGUAAUAAAUCCAAUCAAACGUUUGGAAUAAAUCUUCCUAUUGUUUGUUUGUAU